AUGACGUCGUUUGCAAGUUCUGUGGAGCAUAUGAAGCUGCGAGCAGAGAGAGAAGCAGUGGGCAAAAUGAGAAUGAUGUUCUCAAACUCGAAAAAGAGGAAGUGUGGGGAUGUUUCACAUUCAGCAAGCUCUAAAGCAAUUGAAGCAGAUUCUGCUGACGAUGAUGAAGCAACAACUUGUCCCCCGGAUGUUAAGGCAGCAAAUGCCUGUUCCAAGAAGACAAUGGUUGAAGGGAAGGAGCUCUGUGAGUUUCAGACAAUGUGGACUAUCAAGAAGCAAGAUUUGGGUUUGAAAGAAAGGGUGUCUAAAAUGAAGCUUCUUGACAGUCUCAUUGCUAAACAAGGACCUCUAGCCGAUUAUGAAGAAGCUUUGAAGAAGAAACUCAUUAAUGAGUUGAUGUCUGAUUAG